UCCUCCGCCUUGAUUGGAUUCCGGGUCCUUGUCAAUCUCUGCCCCCUGGUUUUGUAACCGAUCACUUCUGAUCCCCCUGCUGCUUGUGCUUGAUGCAUCCGAACUCAGGGCAGGCCGACGAGGGACGAACACACCCUGGUCACCUGCACUAGCCACCUCCACACGUCUACCUGCUCCUAGACGGACUGCGCUGUCGGGGAGGGGGACAGUCAUCAUUUUACCUACUAGGCCAGGCCUGGCAACCUCUUUGCCUUCCCGUCCUUCAUAACUUCACCGGUCCCCGGUAUGCCGGCUCGCUAGCUCGGCCUCUUUUCCUGGUUUCUGUGCUUCUGCACUUCCCCACGAUCUCUCUCAGUCAUCACACUUGGUCUACGUUGGCCACACGACGAGCUCGCCUAUACUGAAGCCGUCUAGACAUGUCGUGAACGACGCAUCUGUCCGCCAAAGAGCCCACGCUAGCCACCCAGCUUGCCGAAAACAACUCCAUUGCGUAUCGCCUUGGCCGCCGCCGUGCCGAAUUCCGUCGCGACGCUCCAUUCUUCUCAUCUCACAACAUCCUGCGUUUCUGGAGAAUGUCGGCGUCAGUCUACGAAUCAAUGAACGGGAUAUCCCCUCCAGGAGUUCACCCUGUGGCCAUGUCCCGUCCACAGGUCGGUAUCGAGCGCCUACCGACACGCCGGCUAAGCAAUGAGCCCCGGGAAUCCAUGAACUGCAAGUCAUGCCGCAAGCGCAAGAUUAAAUGUAACCGUCUUCGCCCGUCUUGUGAGGCUUGUCAGGUUUUUCAAUGCCCUUGCGUAUAUGAUGCCGUUCCAAAGAAGCGUGGACCGAAGACGGAUGUCCUGGAGGCACUCUUAAAGAGAGUAGAUGGUCUGGAAGCAAAAUUGAAGGAGAAGAAUGCAGGGGACAAGACCCCGACCACGCCAACCACGGCCGGUGUGAAGGACGAGGACGCCUCGCGAUCAGACGACGCCCAAGAAGACGACCAGAACCCCAACCCCAAACGCCUGGCGCUGGACACAAAAGUAGACGCCGAUGAAUCGGCUGUCUAUUCGCCUGCCCCAGCGAGUGAACCCUCGCCACCCAGCGUUCAGCCCGACGCACUGCUAGACACUUAUUUCACACGAUUUCACUCUAAGCCAUACCACAUCUUGGACGAGUCUUCCGUUCGGCAACGGCUUCAGCUAAACCAACUUCCAAACUACUUGGUCCACGGCAUAUACGCUGUUGCAGCGAGAUACACACCCCAUCCCAGCGGAUACCAAUCAGCCGUUCAACUGAGCGAAGAAUAUGCUUCUCGAGCCAGAGCCGAGAUCGACACAGAUGAGCCUUCGGUCGAUGCCCUGCAAGCCCUGCUUCUCCUCGUCAUUGCCUUCACUGCAGCAGGCAAAGGCAAGAAGGCGUACAUGCUGAUGACAAAUGCAGUAGGCAUGGCAAUGGCUCUCGAGACUCACCGCGAGAUGGAUAACAACGCCCGCGUCACACCCAUCGAGCGGGAGAUGAGGCGGAGACUGUUCUGGACGUGCUAUUUGCUAGACCGAUUUCUCGCAUGUGGUUCCAAACGGCCCUCACUCGUUGGCGACAAAACUAUCCUCCUCCGGUUGCCGUGCUGGUCGCCAAAUCCUUCCGUGCCCCCGGUUGACGGAGAAUUCUUUCAGUCCGGUUCCAACCUGCAGUUUCUCCAGGGCAGCGGCAAGAAGUCUCAAGGGAGCACGGGAAUGCUCAUCGACAUUAGCCGCAUCCUAGGCAUCACGAACCGUUACCUGGCAGCGGGCGGUGUGAAGGGCGACUCUCACUUCCCGUGGCACUCACUCUCGAAUUUGUCCAAAAUUCGCCAAGACCUGGACAUCUGGGCUUCCGGUACCGAGGACGUCUUUUCAAGUCUGGACACGCUGUUCGGUCAACCUGACUCGACCAUUCUGGUGCUGAGCAAGCUCAUCUACCACCUCAUCCAUUGCCUCAUCUACCGACCCUUUCUCCCGAUCGAUCUUGCCGAGCUUGCAGGCACCGGGCAGCACCAGUCUUGGCAAAUCGAGGCAACCAACAUGUGCUUCCUGCACGCGAACGCGAUCUCGGAACUGGUGGAACUGGGGAAGCAGACCGGCACCAUCGAAUGGCCUGCCUUUGUGGGGUAUUGCAUAUGCACGGCCGGCACGGUUCAUAUUCACGGCGCCCAUUACAACAAGCAUGGCAGCGGCGAUUCGACCGUGUUCAGCAUGUCAGCAGACUUCCUAUCCAGGGAGAUGCAACAACUAAGCGAGCUACGAUAUGCCUGGGCCAGCGUCCAGCACCAGAGAGAAACGCUCCAGGGCAUCUACAACGCGCAUUCAGAGCUAGUCAAGAGCCUUGCAAACAACCCUAUGCGCUAUUCUCCGGCGUUCCAUCUCGAGGAUUUCUUUGACCGGUACUCCAACAUUGGCGGACCUGGCGGGCAGACAUUCAACUUUGACGCAGCGAACCUGAGCCUUUCCGAUGUGGUUGUCGACUUCACUACGGAUACGUACACGGGCCACGAUCUCUACGCCCCUCGUGCAAACAGUAUGCAUGAAGCAGAGCGACCCAACCUGAAGCGCAAGAACACGGCUCCGUCCGGCCGGAAACGUCCUGACGCCAAAGUUCUCUCGCCUCUCAGUACCACUAGCAUGGCGCCUCCCAAUGGCUUACCGACGCCGUCUCAUACUCGCCAUUCAUUUUCUCAUCCGACCCCUACAAUGGCUGCCCAUCCAUCCCCAGGACUGCUUGGAACGCCCACCUCCUUACCUCCACAUCCCGAGGUGAUGGAGCACCCCUCAAUGGCUGUAUCCCACGGCCAUUACGACGAGACAGCAGCCAACAACGCGGCUGUUGCGGCGGCGGCGGCGGCCGGCUUCUCACUCGGACAUCAACCCCACCAUCAAGGCAACAUGUCGGCGCUUCCUACAGCCCCCUUUUCGCCGCAAUUCAGUUUCGCUACGCCUGGCCCGAGCGGGAACAACGAGGGAGGUGGCAGCUACGAUCCCAUGUUUGGCGGCCUGCCCACGAACGCCUUCGGCAGCCCGGCGGCCUGGCAUGGCGACGAAGGAGGUAAUAAGAUUGCGGGGGUUGCCGCGCCCAGCCCUGGGAACAGGAGCAACAAUGGCAGUACGGGUACUGGUCCGGGCGAGGAGAAGGAUCCCUUCCUCAGUCUGCUGGAACAGCUUGCGGAAAACGAGCAUCACUUUGCACGAGGCCCUGGCAGCGAGCUCGACUUCUUUUUCGGAGGCACCGGAGCGACACAGUAGAAGGUUUCUGGAUGAUUCAAACGAUUCUUUCCGACCUCGGCCUCUUGAGCCGAGGCAGCGACCGGUUUCUUGCCAGCAUGAUACGAUACCUCUUUGAUUGGAUGCGAUUUUCUUUGGACACCGGAUCAGAGCGCCCCGGGAACAGUGAUCAACAUAUAGAUACGGAUGGGGAAAAGUUCAUCGGGACGGGAACGGCUCUUUCGGACGGAGGGGUGGUCUUUUGACGGAGGGAACGACCCCCAGCAUGUGCAGGAGUUUAUUCGGGAUAGGUGCUUUCUCUCUAGCGCGA